AUUAAGUCCUGUGCAGUGGAGAACAGUGGAGAAGCAGAUCAGACACUUGAUCAACGACUAUCAGCUUCACCCACUGCGCGUGUUUGAACUUUGUAUGAACGUAUAUGGAUUCAGGGUUUAUGAGUUUUUUUGUUAAACGGAAUAGAUUUUUCAGAAGAACUGCCCGGCCGGUAUGUAUGUUCAUUUUUCUAUUUCUUUUGUUAUCAAUGUUGAUUUACUGAAUGUUAAUGCAUGAAAUUGCUAAUUGAUGCUCUCUCAUUUUUAUUUGCUUGAUUUUGAUAUUGGGUUGUUUGUAUAUUUUUGUGUUGAUUUCUGAUCAACUUGAGAUUUUUUUAUCAAAUUAAGAAGAAUGUGAAAGUAUAGAGUAACAAAUGGUUUUGGGAUAACAAGCUGUAAAGGGUUUAGGUUUCUUGUGAUAACUGGGAUGUUUGGAGGGUGUAGUUGAGGUCGGGAUAAUUGCGAUUUUGGUUUUCAAGCAAAGCCACUUAUGCAGAUUUGAUCCCGAAACCAUUUCACCACUUAUGCAGCUUUGGUACUGAAACCAUUUGAGAUUGCAAUUUUGGUCCUCAAGCAGUUGGUUUUUUUUUGGCAUUUUUAGCUAUUUUGUUAAUAAAUUCCUUAAAGUUAAAGGAGGUUUCAGGGGAAAUAAUAACCAUUUUCCUUCUAUUUUCUGGUACUUUUUUUAAGUUUUGGUUUAAUGCACCCAUUUCCCAUUUUUCAUAAAGUUUCAAGAAAGAUGAAACCAAAACAAUGAAUUUAAGCAAUAAAUUUUCUAUUUAAUUUUAACUUUAACUUUAUUUAUUUUGUCUUUAUUUCUGAAAUUUUCUAAUCUAUGGAUAAAAUAAACAUGAUAAAGCUAAUAUUAUAAAGGCAAUAAUAUAAGUAUGAUAAAAUCAAUAUUUUGCGUUACACAUAUGUUCCAAGUAUUGCAUUAUACCCAAAACAGAAAUUUGACAAUGUUUUGUUAAGAUUAUAUAAACUAGUUGCUUAAAUUCGUUUUUUUUCUUGGUUUUUUCUCUCUUGAAGCUCGAAGGAAAAUAGGUGCAAUUGGACCAAAGCUUGAAAAAUGCCACCACAUAGGAGGAGAAUCACUAUUUUUUUCCCUUCAAAUGAAGCUUCUAAUAACUGUAAUGUUUUUAUUAGUGGAAGGACUAAAAACACAAAAGAACAACAGUUUGAGGACCCAAACUGCAACUUUUAAUUGUUUAAGGACCAAAAUUGCAUAAGUAGCUUUGUUUGAGGACUGAAAUUGUAUUUAUCCUGGAUGAGUUCUUUGGUAAUAGACAUAUUGCCAGGAAAUGUUUAGUUGCUAUUGUUUUUUGUUUUUGAAUUUCUUUUCAAGGUGAUGUGCAUUAUGUUGUUUGGCUAAUGCUACUUUGCAUGUACAUAAACUCACAUAGUGAUUUUGCUCUUAUAGUCCUCUACUGUUUGUCUUAUUGUAAUCAAACAUUGGAGUAGGCUUUUGAGCGAAUAUUGGUUAAGAGAUAUUAGAACUUGGCUUGAAAUGGCCACUUGAUCCACUACUUGAUAGAGCAUAAGGGAAGCUUUUUUGUACCCCCUUGAAGAUGGAGUGUGGAGGAAUAAAGGAUUUGGAGCUUGCUCUGAUGGACUUGUUUACACAAGUAAAAUUCGGAACAUCAGACGCUAAAAGGUUUAGAAAUAGUUAUCUAGUGUAUGACAGUGUGGCAUUCCUAGCGAGAUUUAUUAAAUCUAGCUGGAUUAGAAUGAGAGGAGAAAUUGCGAAUCAGAUUUCAGCAAUCUUGGUUGCCAGAGAGGAAAGUCAAUGUGGUGGUAAUGCGUUUGCCAUAAAGCGUGAUGGAUUAAUGCGGUUGGUUGAAAUUAUUAAAGGCGAGCGUUACAACCAGAGCGCAGAAAAUAGGGACAAGGGAAUCAGGUGGGUGAGUGUGUAUAUAUUGAGAACUUCAUUUGGUUGAAUAGUUCAGUAUAGGGGACUGCCAUUGAGAUGCUUAGGCCAUUGAGUAAGGAGUGGUUGAAGACCUUAGGUCGUGAUUUUGAUUUUGGGGAACUUAUUUGGGGAAAAAUUGAUCCUCAUCCAUGGUGGCCUGGCCAGAUCUAUGAUGAAGCUCUUUCUACUUUAUCAGCUUGCCUCACAAAGGAAAAGGGUCGCGUUCUUGUUGCUUUUUUUGGUGAUAAUACUUAUGGAUGGCUUGAACCGAAAAAUGUUAUUCCUUUUGAGCCUCACUUUGAUGACAAAUCAAAGCAGUCAGGGGAUCAUUUAUUCUUGGCGGCUGUUGAAGAGGCCUUAUUUGAGGUCAAGAAAAGAUCUGCGCUUGGAUUGACCUGUAAGUGCCACAAUCCUUCUAAUUUUAGGCCUACCGAGGUCCAAGGUUUUCUUGAAGUUGAUGUGGCUGGCUAUGGUGGUCGAACUAAGUAUUCUGUUGAGCAAAUUAAGAAGGCGAGAAAUGGUUUAAAGCCCCAAGAGAUGUUUUCGUUUUUGCAAAAAUUGGCUUUAAAUCCUACCAUUGAUCCCCCAAACAUUUUUACUUUGACGAGGAAUGUGGCAAGACUUCUUGCUUACAGGAAAUCAGUAUUUGAAGAACCCGAUGAGAUCUAUGUCCAGGAGUUUGAGGCACAAGCUGCGGACUGUGAACAUCAUGUUGAUGUUUCAUAUAGCAAGAAAAAACCACAUCAAGCCCCUCUUCACUUUGAAGAGCUUGAAGGUUCUCCACAGUAUUCUAGAUCCAGUGAUCCACUUAAGAUAGAUGAUAGCGCUAAACAAGCUAAAGUGAAAGUUCCAGAAGUCAGGAUCCAAAACAAUACUUUGAUAAAGAAUGUCUCGCAUAAGAGAUCUCUCCAAGAUACUUCCAUGCCUCCGUUGCGUAUAUUCGACACUGAUGAUCUCAGUCGGUCCAACAAGAAAAGGAGCAGACCUGAUGUUCAAGAGGAGACAAUUACAAAUAAGCAAAAGAAAGGGAAGACAAUUGACUCCAUGGUUGCAAGAAAGAAGGUUGUUGGCAACCAAUACUCAGAUCCCCGAGGAGAUCAAAUUAGCACUAAGACAGCUACAAUGGCAAAUCAUGAAGAGCGUUCAACUGAACAGAUAGAAUCUUUGAUCGAGGAUACUGAACAGACAGUGAUGAUCAUUAAAUUUUAUCGUUAUGCAAAAAUGCCGUCUGUGCAAAAUAUAAAAGAAAAAUUUGCUGAUUUUGGGCCCUUCGAUGAAUCUGCUGUCCGCACCUUCAGGAAGUCAUCAACAUGCCGAAUUGUGUUCACAUGCAAAUCCAAAGCGCAGUCGGCAUAUCAUCAUGGUCUCCGGACAAGAAACUUGUUUGGUUUGUCCCAGGCAAGAUACUACAUUCAACCUUUAAAAGGUUCAACUACCGAGUUAGCAAAAUCAAGCAAGCCAAACAUGCAGCUUCCGCAAGAAGAUCUUCAUCAGAUGGGGUGUCGUACACUGGAUAUCAGGCUUCAAUAUGCUAAGGAUUUGAAGAAUAUGAACCCCAUUCCAACGAUGGAUGUGUACGCCAUCGAAUCUGUCUCCGGCGGCCGUAAGAACUCGAACCAGACGACAAGAGCGCCGGCGGAGACGGUAUUUGCGGAACGAGUGGCGGCGUCCCGGAUGGGCGGACGUAGUUGGCCGUAUCCGGCGAAGCCGCCGGGAGUCUGCCCCCCCCAUUACCCGGCGGCGGUGCAGGAAGUUGGAAGAUUUUAUCCUCCGCCUCCGGCCAGGUACACACAUGUUGGAGGACUUUAUCCUCCGCUACGGGGGUAUGCUUACCCACCGCCUCCGCCUCCGCCGCCGCCGCCUCCUCCUGGUUAUGGGUAUCCACAGCCGCCGCCGCCGCAGCGUGGGUACGGGUAUCCACUACUGCCGCCUCCGCCUAGUUACGCUUAUCGGCCGCUGGCGUUGGAAGAAGCGCCAAGGAAGAAUAUUAUUGGGCGGUGGGAUCGGUGGUUGGUUGAUCGGAGAUAUGAUAUCUGAUGCAGCUGCUUUUUGAC